CGUUUUCCGUUUCUAGGACGAUUCAGUUGGCGGCUGAAAAGCGGCAAAUUACAAAUGUCGAUGAGAAACAAAGUGUGUGGUGAAAGUUAACGCUGUCCUGGUUAGAAACGGCGAACCAUGGAGGAACUAUUCAGCAAAGUCUUACAAGUUCAUGUGCGGUGCCGAGACUGUGAAGAAAGGAAAGCAAAUGUCCGCGUCACCAUUGAGCUUCAGUUGACAACAAGUCCCGUACAUAAAAGGGAUCUUCUGGUGAGAUUAACUGAUGAUGUAGAUCCAUAUUUUCUCUUCAACCUGUCUAUAUCAGAAGAAGAUUUCCAAAGUUUAAAAAUGCAGCAGGGCCUGCUGAUAGACUUUGCAUCAUUUCCUCAGAAGUUUAUUGACCUGCUGAACCUGUGCUGCUUAGAGCAGGAGUCAGACAAUCCAAGGUUUUUACUGCAGUUAACAUGCCAGUCUUCCCUGCUGGAAGGUCCUGUCAGCUUCAGUGUUGUAGAGACAAAUGCAUUCAAGCACCUGAACCACUUGAGUUUACGGCUGGUCCAAGGCUCUGACAAAGAGAUUAAAGACUACCUGGCAACGUGUCUUUCUACUCUGAAGGCAGAAAAGCAGGCCGUCGACAUGAAGCUGAAGAAGAUUGAAGAUGAUCUGAGCCGACAGCUGAGUUAUGCCCAACAGACUCUAUCAGAGAAGACUAAAGAGUUGGACAAACUGCGUUCAGAGUGGACAAAUCAGAGCAGUUCUUUGUCCAGCCGGCACUGUCAGGAGUUACAGCUGGAGAGGGAGAAAGUUUUAGAGUUACAAAGCAGGUUUCAAAAUGAGACUGAGCACCUGCGUCAGGAGCUGGAGAGCACUCAUCAGAAAAGCAGCCAGCAACUGCAGAGCAGAGUCACAGAGCUGGAGGGCUCCUGCAGGGAGCUGACAGAGAAGAAAUACAAAAAUGAGUCUGUCAUCCGAGACCUGAAGAUUAAACUAGUGGGUUCAGAGGAGGAAUGUCAGCGUUUGAAGCAGCAGGUUCUCAGUUUGCGGAGGGAGAACAGCACUCUGGAUACAGAGGUCCAUGAAAAGGAGCGUUUAGUGAGCCAGCUGCAGAUGAGAGUAGCCGUUCUGGAGCAGGAAAGCAAAGAUAAGGAACUGUUGAUGCGCCGCACAAAAGAGGUGUUGGAAGCAACUCAGCAGCAAAAGGAAUCAGUGGAGGAGAAUGCAGAAAGUAAAGAAGUUCAGUUAAGAAAACUUGAAGCAACAGUGAAAUCAUUGUCAGAUGAGCUGAUAAAGGCUAACGGUAUCAUCAAGAAGCUUCAAGGAGAGGUUCGAGGCCUUGUUGGAAAAAUAAAAGUCAAAAACACUGUAACUGUGUCCCAGGAGAAAGUUCUUCAGGACACAUCAGACAAACUUCAGAGCGUUGAAAAGGAUCUACAGAGUGCUCAGCUGCAGCUCAGUACCAAGGAUGAGCAGAUUUCAAAACUAAAGGAGCAGCUUGAGAUAACGAUGCAGAAGCUAAAUGAAAGCAGAGAGGUGUUAAAAACAAAUGAGAACGUUAUAAGUUGGCUUAACAAGCAGCUAAAUGAAAACCAGCUGUCCACAAAGACACAGUUUCCUGAGCCUCUGGAGAAUCCUUCAGUUCUCUCCACAGCACCAGGACUGAGGGUAUGGCCUGUUUCUGCACAGUUUUAUCCUCAGACAGGCAGAACGACUGCAUCCUCUGUGACGUUCAGUCCUGCUGAGCCGACAGCCGUCACACAGCCAGACUCUGCUGGCCUGGAUCCUAAGUACUUUGGCAAGAAGGAUGUUAGCAUCCCGCUCUACACUCUAUCAUCCAAUCUGCCUCACAGAGAGUUACCGCAGCGUACAAAACCCUCCAUAGCCUCAGCGUACUUUUCUGCAUGAAAGUGAAGCUGCUGGUUCCAGUGAUCCACAACAUGAUGUUUUAAGUUCCACAUUAGGAGGAAACCUUAACCACUUGUGUCAUGCUCUCAGCUCUUGUAUAAAACUUUUAAAGAAUAUAUGUUAAAUAAAAUGGAUUUUAAAUUUC